UUUUGGGGAUGUUUAAACUGCAAGGAUGAAGUGAUUAAUUUUGUUAAACCUCAAGGACUGCAUAAAUAUCUUCCUAUUUACUUUUGUAAUAAAAACCUGGCUGUUUGCCUGUUAUGGCCAGCUCAAAGCUCUUGCUCUCCCACCUCCGCCGUUCAUAUCCCCUCUCUUAUCUUUCUACUCUCUCUUGUGGCUCUAUCUCUCACCUUCUCACAAAUCCUAGCCCUAUUCGCUCACAACCUCCAAUUACCCCUAACAAUUCACUCAGGCCUCACUUCUUCAACUCACUCUUUGCUUUUCAUUUUCUUAACGGUAGAUCGUUCUCGACUCGCUCAAAUGAUGACUCGGGGUUUUUUGUUGAUUCGGCUACUGAGUCAAAACCUACUGAUUUUGAAGUUGAUGGGGUCAUUGAGAGUGUGGUUAAUGGUAGCAGUGGUGGAGAAGAGUCAAUUCUUCCCGUCCGUGCAUUGAUUUCCUUGCUUGAUGGAUUCCAUAAUCUCACUGGCUUGCCUUGGUGGAUAGUCAUUGCUUCAGCCACAGUAGCUAUGAGAAUUACAUUGUUCCCUGUACUCGUUUUGCAACUUAACAAGAUGAAAAGGAUAUCAGAGCUAUUUCCUAAAUUGCCUCCUCCUUUCCCGCCACCUCUGUCAGGAAGGAGUUACAUAGAUCAAAUUUCAGUCUUUCGGAGGAAGCGAAAAGCUAUUGGUUGUCCUUCACUUUUAUGGUUUUUUGCGUAUUUCUCUGUCCAGGUGCCAUGCUUUCUUUUGUGGAUGACCAGUAUUCGAAGAAUGUCCUUGGAUCAUCAUCCAGGUUUUGAAUGUGGUGGCACUCUGUGGUUUCAAAAUUUGACUGAAUUUCCUCACGGUGUUUUAGGCCCCAUCUUUCCAUUACUGAUUGCUAGCUUGCACUACGCUAAUGUUCAGCUCUCUUUUGACAAAUUUUCUGUUCAAAAGACAAAUGGAAUAUUGGCCUUAUUGGCAAAAUAUUACAAGUUGUAUUUGGAUAUUCUGGCUGUGCCUUUAUUUUUCAUUGGCUACUCUAUUCCACAGGGAAGCCUGGUUUAUUGGGUCACCAAUAGUUCAUUAACUAUGGUCCAGCAAUUAUCCCUCAAACAUCCUGCUGUUCGUGCAAAAUUAGGGUUACCACCCAAGGAAUCUUCAACAUCAGCAGGUUAUGAAGAAGUGGGCAUGCCAGAAACAGCAACAUUGGAUUCCCCAAGCAUUAGUGGCAGUGUUUGUGUGGAAAAUUUCAGCCCUAAGAAACUGGUUGCUCUGUCAGUCCAACUUGUAUCCAGUGGCCAAAGAGAGAGAGCGAUUCCUGUGCUACGGCUGGCACUUCAGAAGGACCCUAACUGUGUAGAAGCUCUGGUUUUUAUGGGGCAGAUUCUGCUGCAAAAAGAAAUGUAUGCAGAGGCUACAGAACAUUUGGAGCGUGCUAUUUCUAAGUUAUUUCAUGAUGGUCACCCAGCAGACGUCAAGUACAUAGGUCUUCUAAUUCUUGCAUCUCAGUGGGCUGGUGUUGCUUGUGUACGGCAGGGAAAGAACGCAGAAGGAAUCAUUCAUCUGGAAAGAGUUGCAGCUUUAGAAGAGCCAGAGGACCCAAAUUGCAAAUUCCAUUACUUUGAUAGUUUGGUAAAGCUAGCAAGUUGUUUGAGUAUUGAAGGUCGCAAAGCUGAAGCUGUAGAGUAUCUGCGUGCAGCAGUUGCUUAUAAUCCAGCUUAUAAAGAGUUUUUAGAACAAUGUGAAAAUGAUGAGGACGAGUUUGGCAGUGAUCUUGUCGACAGCAGGAGAAGAGAUUAUUGACCGAUCUAACACAAUUAUACAAGAGUGUCCAUUUGUUCUGUUCAUUCUUUUUUGAUAUGAUUACUGGCAAAUUUCUACAUGAGAAUAAACCCAAGCCUGAGAAAAUUUUCUGUAUGCCGCAUUUAGAACUGAGUUAAAUUUUGACUAAAUUAUAUUUGCUAUACACAAAACAUAAUAAAAAGUCAGUAGCUUUAGUCUGUAGUGCAUUUGCAACACUAUUAGACUGAUUAGUAAUCCGACAAUGGAUAUGUUCUUUAGCGUGUUGGCUGAUAA